CGGCAGUGCAGUAGGAUUUUGACGGUUGAGGAUUAGGCCUCUUGGGGACACCACUUUAAAAAAGUGGUUUGGCUCGCAAACUGGUCGUCGAAAUGGUCAAUUACGGUAUUAAAUUGCAAGCAGACUGGAGGUGAAAUGAAAUUCUUCGAGGAUCAUAUGUCAGGCUGAAACAUAACCAAAAAGCCAGAGAACAAAAAAAAAACCCAGUCGCCAAUUGCCAUAUUUGCUUCACUUGCAUUUUCGCUAGCAGCUAGCACGAAAAGAAGAGCCGAACCCCAAAACGUACGUACACACACACACACACACACACACACACACACAACAGGCAAUGAGGACGGACAGACAGAGAACGGCGGCACCAAAUGGAGAUACUACUCGUACCCGUCCCGUCCCAGUGCCCAGGCUCACGAUCGUACAAACCGAAGAUGGGGCUUUCGUCUCAGUAUACGAGCAUGUACAUUCUUGUGUGUGGCGUUAUUCUCUCUUUUUCCGACAGCGCGCUUCGCUCCGUAGCGUGGAAUAUUUUACGUUCACUCCAUCUCCAUUUCCAUGCAGUCCAGCCGACCGUAGUAAAAUCCAGUUUUGAUAAAAAUAAACAAAGCGCAACAAGUACACUACACUCCGCAUUGUAAGCAUAUAAGACAGCAUAAAAAGGACUGUUGAGCCCAAUCAGAGUGUCCCAAUCGUGGCAGGACUCUGCAGUGUCCACUUCUAUCGAUUUACAUUGCUAUUAGUUGUGUGCUGGAUACAGUUUGGCUGGAGGUGAUUGGCUUUGGCUGGGUGGAAGUCGACGGAGCAGAGCACAUUGGAUUCGAUACGGCCCCACAUCAGUGCAUACGACAGCGCAGAGUUAACAACCGUAAAGCGCACAAAUACGAGACGACGACUAGCGAGCUGCCAGCGGAAGCUUUACAUCCGGACAAUAUUGCUGAUGCCAGUUUGCAGCAAAGCCUGUUGCUGUGCGCCCGUUGUGCCUGUGCUCUCUUCUCGGUUUUCUUUGGACUCGCCUUCGCCAUUGCCACUGCUUCGCAUUGCCAGCGCCUGAGAGCCAAAAGGCACGUAAACUGGUUGGACCGUACCCGUAUUUUUCAGUUUUCAGUGCUGUUUCAACGCUUGAGCUGCGUGCGUCGCUUUAUUCGGACUCGACUCGUUGGUUGUAUGGUGUAUUUUGUGUUGCGGCGGCAUUAUGGAGGCAGCUUACAACAAUGCGUCAUCAGCUUCGACCUCGCCGCCCGCGUUCUCCGCCUCCUUCGCCUUCACGAACACCGCCAAGCUGCCAAUUGAGACGGUGAAGCGUCUGAUUGCCGCCGUCUCCCGCAGGCCCAUGCUCUGGUUGCGAAACAACGUGAGUGGCCAAAAGCGCAGCGAUAUUACGCCAAUUUGGUUUGAAGUUGGCCAGGAUGUGAAUUUGCCAGCGGACAUAUGCCGGAUCAAGUGGGGCCAUCUGAGGGACAACUUUCGAAAGGUGUACAUCCGCAACAAUCUGUCCAACGAAACGCCCUCGACCUGGCGCUUCUACAAUGACAUGCGGUUCAUGGAGCACGCCGUCCACGAGAACAUCAUGCGGCAGACACGCAGCAGCAGUAAGAAGCACCCGCCAGGACACUGGACGGAGAACAACAAUAUAAUAGACGAGAAAUAUGACGGACCCGCCGUGGCCACUGAGCCAAUUUGUGAGCUGAGCGAUAGCUACGACUCGGAGCUGCAUCAGCCAAGCUUCUCCGACAUCAGUUCCUUUUUCGAGGACAGAGACUGCCUGCCGGCUCAGCCGCCGGACAGGAAGCGCAUCAAACUGGAGCCCAGUCCCGCCGAGGAGGAGGAUGACGACGACUUUGACGAGGAUGCGGCCUCGGAGAACGAGGAGGAACGCACAAAGCGCAGCGAGGCUGUAAACACACCGGAUCCGAGUCUGUUCACCAUCGAAGUGCUGGACGACGAUGAGGAGGAACUGGAGUUGUCCAGCUCCAAUGUCAAAUGCAAGACUAAUGACACCUCCAACAAUAGCCAGAGGAGCGAGCCCGAUGUGAAACCGUCGCUAUCCCAGUCCCAGUCCCCGACAUCCGAUUUACCCUUUAAGUACAUCAGCAUGGAUGCAGCCACCAACACCGAGUCCUCACUGGCAGAGCAACAGGACGAUGCCGACCGUAUGUUUCUGCUCAGCCUGAUGCCCUUCCUGCAGAAGCUGGACGAGCGGCGGAAGCUGCGUGUGCGCCAGAAGCUCCAGAAUGUCCUCAUCGAAGAGUUGGAGUUUGGCUAAUCUUGGGCGGCCGGCCUUCGAAUCCAAUUAGCCUUUCUCUCUGUACAUUUUAAGCUUAGCUUACAGUAUUAUAAGCACGCGACUGACUAACCCUGUGGAUCUGCAUUCAUACUUAGCAUGUAAUCAGUAAUCCUGCCUUCCUCUUAAGACACUUCACACAGAUACAUAAUAAGUACAUUUUAUGUACUAAGUUUCAUAGACCCGUAUCAUUUGUACUUUUACAGGCAAGCAUAAAAUAGACUUACAGCA